AUGUCUGCACUGAACAUGAAGCCUACCCAGCGCUUCCAGUUUCCCGACUGGUACAUUAACAGCUACCUGCUUUCCUCUAAUGCUGAGCGGCAGAGGAAUACCUCACACCAGGUCAGACAAGAGACCUGCGUUCUCCGCAAUGAGACCAAUAACCAGACCACAUGGGAUGAAUAUGACAACCAGACCCGCCUAUCAGAGCACAUAGAUUCUGUUGACCGAUGGAAGGAGAUGCUAGACAAAAGUCUGACUGACAUGGAUGCUGAGAUUGAUGCCAUAACUCAGAUGAAGGAGGCAGCAGAGAGGGCCCUGCAGGCCAAGAACCUCCCUCUGGAUGUGGCGAUUGAGUGCCUAACCCUGCGAGAGAGCCGGCGGGACAUUGACAUGGUGAAGGAUUAUGUGGAAGAAGAGCUGCACAAGGAAGUGGAGGUGAUUGACAGUGCCAAGGAGGCUCUGCAGCGGAAGAUCAGGGAGGUCUUUGAGCAGCUUUGCCUUCUUCAAGAGGCAAGGCAGCAACUGAACUCUGACCAUCGAAGCAAGAUGGAAGCACUAGAGAUCGAUCGUGUCUGCCUCUCUCUCAAUGUUCACUCCCCCAAUAUCUCCUUGAAGGUCAACCCUACCUGCAUUCCCAAUGGCUCCUGCACAAUACAGCAGUGGGAUGACUACAGCCACUACAACAAGGACCGAGCAGAGGCUGAGAGGAAGGCUUCUGCAGAUCUGCGUGAAGCUACCGCCCUCACCAUUGCUGAGACCAACAAUGAAUUGGAAGCCCAGCGUGAGGCCACCGAAUUUGCCUUCAGAAAGAGGAGGCGAGAAAUAGAGAGGUCUCUGAGUGAGCUCAAGUGGCAGGAAAAAACUACCUCAGAAGAAAGUGCAGAGUUGCAGGCGUCCAUCCGACGGCUGGAGAACGAUCUACACACAAAGAUGCAGAAUCUGAAGCUAGCACAUACCCGGCUGGAAAUCCGAACGUACAGGCCCAAUAUGGAGAUGUGUAGGGACCAGGUACAAUAUGGGCUCACUGAUGAAGUACACCAGCUGGAAGCUACCAUUGCUGCCCUGAAGCAGAAACUGGCCCAGGCACAGAGUACCCUAGAUGCCCUUCAUAAGCACCGAGCCCGGAUCCAGGCUGACAUUGCCUGCAAGUCCAACUCCUUGCUGCUGGACAACAAGUGCAUAGACAUCCGCCGCAAGCUGACAAUACCAGCUGAGAAAUUUGUGCCAGAGGUAGAUACCUUUAACCGAACCACCAACCGCUGUCUGGCCCCACUCAAGAACCUGCAGCUAGAUCUGGUGUAG